GCUUGUUUGCUCUCGGUGAGACAGCAGCAGCGGAUACGAGUGAACCAGAAACAAAGAGACCAACACGCACUCGUCUUCGUCAACUGGUAUGCGUUUGCAGGAAUGCCCAAGGAGAAGUAUGAUCCUCCUGACCCGAGGCGGAUGUACACCAUAAUGUCCAGCGAGGAGGCAGCCAAUGGGAAGAAGUCGUACUGGGCCGAGCUGGAGAUCAGCGGUAAAGUGAGGAGUUUGAGCAGCACCCUGUGGACCCUGACACACCUCACAGCUCUCCACCUGAGUGACAACUCCCUGUCGCGCAUCCCGCCCGACAUCGCCAAGCUGCACAACCUGGCGUACCUGGACCUGUCGUCCAAUAAGAUCAGGAGCCUGCCGUCCGAGCUCGGCAACAUGGUCUCUCUCAGGGAACUGCUGUUAAACAACAACCAGCUCCGCGUUCUGCCCUUCGAGCUGGGCAAGCUCUUUCAGCUACAGACCCUGGGGUUGAAAGGAAACCCUCUUGCACAGGAGAUUGUGAGUCUGUACCAGGAGCCUGACGGAACGCGGAGGCUGCUAAACUACCUGCUGGACAACCUGGCGGGUGCCAUCAAACGCAUACCCACAGAACAGCCCCCCUCCAGGUCGUGGAUCAUCCUACAGGAGCCCGACAGGACACGCCCUGCAGCCCUGUUCUCGGUCAUGUGCUACAACGUGUUGUGUGAUAAGUACGCUACGCGGCAGCUGUAUGGGUACUGCCCGUCGUGGGCGCUGAACUGGGAGUACAGGAAGAAGUCCAUCAUGCAGGAGAUCAUGAGCUGCAACGCCGACAUCAUCAGCCUGCAGGAAGUUGAGACGGAGCAGUACUACAAGUACUUCCUGGUGGAGCUGAAGGAGCAGGGGUACGACGGGUUCUUCAGCCCCAAGUCCCGCGCGCGCACCAUGUCCGAAUCGGACCGCAAGCACGUCGACGGCUGUGCCAUCUUCUACAGGACUGAGAAGUUCAGCCUGGUGCAGAAGCACACGGUGGAGUUUAACCAGCUGGCCAUGGCUAACUCUGAGGGGUCAGAGGCCAUGCUGAACCGGGUGAUGACCAAGGACAACAUCGGGGUGGCCGUGCUACUAGAGGUGCACAAGGACAUGAUGGAGAUGUCCUCCGGAAAGUCCCUGCAGGGCAUGGAGAAACAGCUCCUCCUGGUGGCCAACGCGCACAUGCACUGGGACCCCGAGUACUCGGACGUGAAGCUGGUGCAGACCAUGAUGUUCCUGUCCGAGGUGAAGAGCAUCGUGGACAAGGCCACGCGCAGCCUGAAGCUGUCCUCCGUCUCCGGGGAGACCAACGCCAUCCCGCUCGUCCUGUGCGCCGACCUCAACUCCCUGCCCGACUCGGGUGUGGUGGAGUACCUGAGCACAGGUGGGGUGGACUGCACGCACAAGGACUUCAAGGAGCUGCGCUACAUCGACAGCCUGACCAACUUCAACUGCAACGGCAAGAGCAGCUCGUCCAACGGCCGCAUCACGCACGCCUUCAAGCUCAAGAGCGCCUACGAGAACGGCCUGAUGCCUUACACCAACUACACCUUCGACUUCAAGGGAGUCAUAGACUACAUCUUCUACUCCAGGCCCCUGCUCAACGUUUUGGGGGUCCUGGGGCCCCUGGACCCCCACUGGCUCCAUGAGAACAAUAUCAGCGGCUGCCCGCACCCCCACAUCCCCUCCGAUCACUUCUCCCUGUUCGCACAGCUGGAGCUGCUGCUGCCGUACCCUCCACAGGUCAACGGGGUGCACCUGCCCGGUCGCAGGUAGUCCCCCCAGCCACACGGGGGCGCUGCUGCUGAUGCUUCUCCCUCCAGCUCUUUUUUUUUUUUUCCUCUGUAAAUUUACAUGUGUAAAAUUCAGUCCUACAGUCAGAGGAGUUGAGGUAUGGCCGACAGGGAUAUCUUUUUUUUUUUGUUUUGUUUUGUUUGUUUUUCUUUUUGUUCAAAUCAUUUUCAUCCAUUUUAAAUGAUCUCUGUGAUGACUGCUGGUAAUCUGUUUGUACCCUCAUCCUCCCCCAACUAUUUUGCUUUUCAGCUUUAUUUUAAAGACUACACAAAUGGUCCUUACCUCCCCCCUCUAUGUAGAUGUAGAUUUAUUUUUGUAUUUUUAAUUAGACCUGUAGUUCAGUUUUAAUCAGGGCCUCAUUCAUGCCCAGAGAGGAACGCAGAGCUUGGGUACCCCCCACGAUAUCGACCUGUAGGGGGCGCUGAGAGCGUGCUGAGCGCAUGCGUGAGGGGUGUGGACCGAGUAACCGUGGUAGCACACGUUAUCCCCCCCGUUUGCUAAUGCUGUCGAUCCAGCGCGCCAUUUUAGACCUGCCAGCUGAGCCGGCCCGCCCGCUCUAUGGUGCCCGCAGUGUAACACUCUAUGGUGCCCGCAGUGUAACACUCUAUGGUGCCCGCAGUGUAACACUCUAUGGUACCUACAGUGGAACACACUCUAUGGUGCCCACAGUGGAACACUCUAUGGUGCCCGCAGUGUAACACUCUAUGGUGCCCGCAGUGUAACACUCUAUGGUGCCCGCAGUGUAACGCACUCUAUGGUGCCCACAGUGUAACGCACUCUAUGGUGCCCACAGUGUAACGCACUCUAUGGUGCC